UAACCCCGGAGUCCGGCAAGGGAAACUCCUCCUCGGCACAGAUGGAGCCCUUCCCACGGAUAUCUUCUCUUUCUCCACGUUCUGGACGGCACUGCACUCACAGCUCGCCACUUCAGCUCUAGGAAUCUGAAAACACAGGUUUGGAAAUCUGAAAUAGUCGAUCUGCAAAGAACAUUUUGCACGGAGUGGUCUACAAGUGAGAUUGAAAACUGCUGGAAGUCAGAAGCUGCCCUUCCUUCUACUCUAGAAGACAUGAUUUCCAGGAAGGUGGUGGGAUCUCUUGUCUGUCUGGUUGUUGUUACUGCAGUUAUCUGGAUUACAGCUUGGAGGGGAAAAGUGCACUACCUUCCCUACUACCUUCCUUGCCCUGAAAUCUUCUCCAUAAAACUCCAAUAUACAGAAGAGAAGCUAAUCCAGCUUUUCCCCCAAUUAUUUUAUCAGCAGCCAAGAGUGCUGGCGCCAAAGCGCCAGGAUGUGCUGACGGUCACACCAUGGCUGGCCCCCAUCGUCUGGGAAGGAACCUUCAAUCCUGAGGUGCUGGACAGUGCCUACAGGCCACUGAACCUCAGCAUUGGGGUGACAGCCUUUGCCGUCGGAAAGUACACGAGGUUUGUGCGGCGCUUCGUGGAGUCGGCAGAGGAGCACUUCAUGAAAGGCUACCGGGUGAACUAUUACAUCUUCACUGACAGCCCCCAGGCGAUGCCCAGUGUCCAGCUGCAGCCUGGACGGAGGUUCGUCCUUGUGCCCAUCAAGAAAUACCCCAGCUGGCAGGAGAUCUCCAUGCGCAGGAUGGAGGCCAUCAACAGGCACAUAGCCGAGGUGAGCCACAGGCAGGUGCAGUACCUGUUCUGCCUGGACAUCGACAUGGUGUUCCACAACCCCUGGGGGCCCGAGACCCUGGGGGACACAGUGGCAGCCAUACACCCUGGCUAUUUCAACGUGCCUCGAAACCAGUUCCCCUACGAGAGGAGGAGCUCCUCAGCAGCCUUCAUCCCUGCUGGGGAAGGGGACUUCUACUACGGAGGGGCCGUGUUUGGAGGGCUGGUCAGGAAGGUCUACGAGUUCACCAGGACUUGCCACAUGGCCAUCCUGACGGACAAAGCCAACGGGAUCAUGGCGGUCUGGCAGGAAGAAAGUCACCUCAACAGGCACUUCCUCUCCCACAAACCCUCCAAGGUGCUUUCUCCAGAGUAUUUAUGGGAUGACAGGAAGCCAAAGCCCCCUGAGAUUCACCUUGUACGUUUUUCCACAGUGGAUAAGAACUACAGAGAGAUACGAGAUUGACCAUCUGAUGCCUGCAGAGGUGUCCUCCCCACAGCCAAACCCACCAAAAUGAACUCACACAGAACAUGCCCCCCCAUGAAUUUUUGUUCCCAGUAUGAACAAAAUGAGAAAGGACCGUGUGGACGGUUUCCCCGGAGAGAACAGGAGUCUGUAUGCAUUUCAGAAGCAGCAGACAAAGUGUAGAUGAGACUGGAAAGGUUUCUAGGUUCCUAAUCUUUGUAAAUACAAGCAUCCUGCUUGAGGCUGCAGCACCCACAAAGGCAUCCAAAAGGCCAGUUUUCCAAAGCAAGGCUGCAGAUGCCUUUGCCUGAGUGUUUUCCUGAGGCCCAGCAGAAACUUAACGAGAUCAAAAUGGUAUUUGACAUGCCUGUGGAGAAAAUCUAGAGAAAAAGAAU